AAACCUCCGUUUUCAAAUUUCUCCGGCGUGGCGUGGACAGGGCCUGAAACAUACAACCGCACGUGCAACUUUUACACACUUGUUUGGUAUGCCGAACAUCUCGGAGAAUGCAUGACACAGCCAACGCAAAGGUUAUCGGUGUUCCUGACUCCCGAUUGGGAGAAGAAGUUUGCGCAUGGAUCAAAUUGCAUGCUGGUGAAUCAGCUACACAGCAGGAAAUCAAAGAGUUCUGUAAAGGGCAGAUUGCUCAUUUUAAGAUUCCUCGUUAUAUCAAGUUCACUGAUGAAUUUCCCCUCACUGUAACAGGAAAGGUUAAGAAGUUUGUGAUGAGAGAGAUAACAAAAGAAGAGCUGGACCUCUGAACAAGGACAAUCGGAGUCGUCGAGAAACUCGAGAAUUGUACAGAGCCGCAUAGGGGAUCAUUUGCGGCGCUCUACAGGAUCAAUCGAUGUUCUCCUUCUUCAUGAUGGCUGGACCACGCUACACACACUUCAGUAUAUAUAUUUGGAACGUUUUAAUUAUAGUCGUUUCACUGUUCGAGUCACUGCUUGGCUAAUUUCGUCGCCUUGAAUAUGGAUCACAAAAAAAAUAUAAAUAAAUUCUCUCCUAAUCCCUAUACCCUUGGGUAACAUGAAAUUUUUACCCUUCUGUGUAUUUUGAUUUGGAUUUUGCAUGGCUUGAAUACAUGAACAGUUUGGAUAAACUGUCGGAUAAAUUUACACUUAGAAGGAACGUAAAAGCCCCUUGAAGAUACUUUUAUUAUUUUAUUACAACGCGUGAAGAGCAGUUUGUAAUAAUAAAAGAAUAAAUGAAAAAUGAUUGCGGUACAUGUAUACGACUUCAUGUAUUAUUAUUUCGUCAACAGAGCACCUCUCGCAAAAUGUCCUGGAUUUAAUUUGAAAAAACCAAAUAAACUCCAGAAACGUAGUUAAAGUUUGUAUGUUUGUAUGUUUGGUUGUUUUUUGUGUUUUGUUUUGUUUUGUUUUUUUUCUUGCAUUCUCCAAAGUCCUGCUUUGGACACCUCCUGGCCCUCCAAUGUUGUUGUUGUUGUUGUUGUUGUUGUUGUUGUUGUUGUUGUUGUUGUUGUUGUUUUUGAGGUGAGGUGGGGUGGGAUGGCGUGGGUUGGGGGAAGAUGGCUUGGCAAUGAGGGGAAAGUUUCGUUGAAAGUGUAGGGUUAGUUUGUUCGGAGGAUGAAAGAGAGUCCAUGAAAAUAAAUCGGAAUAGACUGACCAUUGGUCACGGUUUCAAGAAAAAAGUUGAAAAAUUGGAGUGAGUAAACCGAUACAAAGAGAACAGUCUGAUGCAUUAAAACCAACAUCGCUCAUGGCACACGGAAGAGAAGAAAGUAUACGAGGUAAGUGUAGGCGCCAGAAUUUGUGACAUUUGUUCUUGCUUCUUGCUUCGUGUUUGGUGUUAAGUUUUGCGUAAUUAGUUUCUUUUGUUUUGUGCCCUUUUUGUAUAUGUCAUGUUCAUUUGCAUACUCUAUAAGUUCGGUUUGCGUGUAAUUUAUUUCAGUCAGUAGCGUCAUUGGGUACUACGAGCGUCUCUGAUUUUCGGUUCGUCUUUGGUUUUUCACAUUCGUCUUGUAAGUUUCUUCGUUUAUUUCGCUUUGCCGCUUUUCUGCAUUCUUCAUGUUCGGUGGUUGUUAGUUAUUUUAUGUUCAUUCCCGUGUUUGUAAUUUGUUAUUUUCAGUUACCGUGUUUCGAUCAUUGGGGAAAUAAAUUUCUAUGUAACGGAAGAUCCGAAACGAGUUAAAAGCGUGUGCGACUUUAGUAAGGAUUUCAAUUUUAUUGUAACUUCAGUGAAAAACGGAGUAAUUUUUCAGAGUUUUUGAAUUUCAAAUCCUUACAAUUUCCCAAAGAGUUCCACCUUUGACACCUUUGGCCCUUGGGAAGGAAAUAGCGAUUUUAUUCCGCAAAGGUUGCCAAGCGCUUAAAAUGGCGACGCUUUCCACAAGAAGCCAAACGUGUUUGGGCUCUGCUCUAAAGCGCAGCAAUCUGGGAAUGUUUGGUCGAGGUAUCCAAAGAGUUUUAAGGCCCACAUGUGUAAUUAGGCGAAGAAGGGUGCGAUAUUCAUCCACAAGCUCUCAGGAGAAGCUCCAAUUCAGUUACUGUCAAGGGCUGUCUACAAAACGAUUUAUCGGUGGAACUAUUGGACAACAAUUUGAUAAAACUGUUGAGAAAUUCCCAAACCAUGAGGCAUAUGUCUUCUGUGAAGACAAUCACAGAGCAACAUUUGCUGAAUUCCAGGAAGAGGUGGAUGAUCUUGCUGCAGGACUUCUUGCCAUGGGCUUAACAAGAGGUGACCGUGUGGGGAUGUGGGGUCCCAAUAUGAGAGAAUGGGUCAUCACUCAGUUUGCCGCAGCCAAAGCUGGAUUGAUACUGGUCAAUAUAAAUCCUGCCUAUCAAGUUCCAGAAGUGGAAUAUGCCCUGAAAAAGGUUGGUUGUAAAGCACUCAUCAUGGCUGACCAGUUCAAAAUACAGGAUUACUACAACAUGAUAACUAACAUUAUUCAAGAGCUGCCGCAUUCAAAACCAGGAGAUCUCUUCAAUGAAAGAGUUCCAGAUCUGAAGUUGGUAGUGGUGGCUGCUAGGAAUCAUGAGCAAAAUUUUAGUGGUGCAAUCAUGUUUCAAGAGUUAAUGCAGACAGGAGGGGCCAAAGAGAGAAGACAGUUACAAAAACUACAGAGAGAACUUCAAAGUGACGAUCCAAUCAACAUUCAGUUUACUUCAGGAACAACUGGAAAUCCAAAAGGAGCUACACUGUCCCAUCAUGGAAUUCUAAACAAUGCAUAUUUUGUUGGAGAGGUUUUAAAUUAUGACCAGGAUUCCAGAAUAUGUAUCCCUGUUCCACUUUAUCACAGUUUUGGGAUGACACUUGGAAGUUUAAUGAGUAUUAUCCAUGGAACAACAUCCGUUUAUCCAUCACGAGGGUUUGACCCAGGAGCUGUUCUGACAGCUAUUCAACAGGAAAAGUGUACUUCACUGUACGGUACGCCGACAAUGUUUAUUGAUGUUUUAAAUCACCCUGCUUUAGACAAGUUUGAUGUCAGCAGUCUACAUACAGGUAUUAUGGGUGGUUCACCGUGUCCAAUUGAGGUGAUGAAGCAAGUGAUGACAAAACUGCACAUGCCUCAAGUAACGAUCUGUUAUGGUUUAACCGAAACAAGUCCGAUCACCAAUCAGACACUCAUGGAUGACCCAAUAGAUCUGCGAGUUUCAACCACAGGACGAGUCCACCCCAAUAAUGAGGCGAAAAUCGUGGAUAGUCACGGUCGUGUUGUACCCAUCAACACUGCCGGGGAGAUUUGCUUUCGAGGAUACAACGUCAUGCUGGGAUACUGGGAAGAUAAGGAAAAGACUGACGCCUGCAUUGAUCCCAGCGGUUGGUUACGCACCGGGGAUAUAGCGACAAUGGACGAGAACGGAUAUGUGAAGAUCAUUGGGAGAAUAAAGGAUCUAAUCAUUCGCGGAGGAGAAAACAUUUAUCCAACAGAAGUGGAACAAUUCCUGUACAAGCAUCCCAAGAUACAAGAUGUACAGGUUAUCGGUGUUCCUGAUCCUCGAUUAGGAGAAGAAGUUUGUGCGUGGAUCAAAUUACACUCAGGUGAAUCAGCGACACCGGAGGAAAUCAAAGAGUUCUGUGAAGGACAGAUUGCUCAUUUUAAAAUUCCUCGUUAUAUUAAGUUCACUGAUGAAUUUCCUCUCACUGUGACUGGAAAGGUGAAGAAGUUUGUCAUGAGAGAGAAAACGAAGCAAGAACUGAAUCUUUAAGGAAGAACAAAGGGCUUCCCCGAUUAUUCGUUUUAGUACACAACUAAAACGAUGAUUUUACUCUUAACGAUAGCUGGACCACGAUACACAUUCCCAUAGUACCUGGAAUGUAGAUGCCGCCUGAAUCACAAGGGAGGGGUGGGACAGGACUACGAGGUCUGGUCACGUGUCAAGGCAUUGUUCUCCACCCAUACAUCACCCCACAAGCGGAGAUGAAACCUUUCCUAUAUCAAGAAUUUAUAUGAAUGACAGUCCACGAAAUUCAUUUUAAACUGUACAUAUUUUAUUAAUUAAUAAAAUGAACAAUGAAAUCUUUUUUCGUAAGUGAGGAAACUGUUUGGAGGACUAUUUUAAAAAGAGCUAUCUACCAUGAAAUUUUUACUUUGUACAAAACCAAAUGUAAUCUAGUUCACAAUUUAUAAUAUAUUGUUUGAGGGGAUAAUCCACGCCUUGUUGAUGAUAUAUUAAAACGAUUUCACCUUCC